AUGGGUUCCAAGGCAUUUUUGUUUCUUGGCAUUUUUUUGGUUACUUUUGCAAUAAUAAGCUAUGAGGUUGUAGCUAGGGAGUUGGCUGAGACCUCAAUGAAAUCGGAUGAUGUACACGAUGAUGGAUAUAAUGACAUUGACGGAUAUUCCGGAGAUAAAUAUGAUGAAUAUAAUAAUGGAUAUAAAUUUUCUGGUGGCGAAUGUUAUCCUUCACGUGGUGGAUAUAAUUCCCCAGGUAGUGGAUAUAAACCCUCACAUGACGAUUAUAACAAUAGAUAUAAAUCUCUUGGUGGUGAAUAUAACAAUGGAUAUAAGCCUCCAAGUGGUGGAAAUAAACCCCCACAUAGUGAAUACAACCCUCCAAGUGGCGAAUACAACCACCCAUAUGACGAAUAUAAACCUCGGUGUGGCGAAUAUAACCCCCCACAUGGCAAAUAUAAAUCCCCUAGUGAUGAGUAUAAACCUCUAUGUUAUAAACCCCCUAGUGAUGAAUACAAACCUCCAGGUGCACAUGACAAAUAUAAACCCCCUAGUGAUGAAUACAAACCUCCAGGUGACAAAUGUAGCCCCCCACCCCCUAGUGAUGAAUACAAACCUCCAGGUGCACAUGACAAAUAUAAACCCCCUAGUGAUGAAUACAAACCUCCAGGUGACAAAUAUAACCCUCCACAUGACAAAUAUAAACUCCCUACUAACGAAUACAAAUCUCCAGGUGACAAACAUAACCCCCCAUAUGACAAAUAUAAACCCCCUAGUGAUGAAUACAAACCUCCAGGUGACAAAUGUAGCCCCCCAGAUGACAAAUAUAAACCUCCUAGUGACGAAUACAAACCUCCAGGUGACAAAUAUAACCCUCCACAUUACAAUUAUAAACCCCCUAGUGAUUGA